AUGAUCAACUUCAUCAACAACAAAAUUGGCAUCACCAACAAUGAGGGUCAUAACAACAGAACUGCCACCAACCCCGAUCCAUCCCCAAGCUUCAACAAGAACAUUGUUGCCAACAACUGCAACAGCCACUCAGAAAACCACAACACAGGCAACCACAAGGACGCACACAAUACCGCCAACCACCACAAGAACUCACACAACACAGCCAAUCACAACAAGGGCUCACACAACACAACCAACCACCACAAGGACUCACACAACACCGCCAACCACAAGGACUCACACAACACCACCAACCACCACAAAGACUCACACAUCACAGCCAACUACCAUAAGGACUCACACAACACAGCCAACCACCACAAGGACUCACACAACACUGCCAACCACCACAAGGACUCACACAACACAGCCAACAACAACAAAGACUCACACAACACAGCCAACUACCACAAGGACUCACACAACAUUGCCAACCACCACAAGGACUCACACAACACAGCCAACAACAAAAAAGACGCACACAACACAAUCAACAGCGACAAAGACACAUACAACACAACCAACCACAAAUAUGCACACAGCACAGCCAAAUACUACUAA